GGAAGUGACAGGGCAGUGGGAGCCUGGAGACCAUGGACGGUGCCAUGGGGCUGCGGGUGCUGCUGUGCGUGUGUCUGGUGUCCCUCCUCGCCCUGCAGGCCAUGCCUGCCCCGGGCCGGGCUUCAGGCAGGUCCAAGGGCAGUGAGAAGCGACAGGCUGUGGACACAACUAUCGAUGGCGUGUUCAUCCGGACUUUGAAAGUCAACUGCAAAGUCACCUCUCGCUUCGCCCACUAUGUCAUCACCAGCCAAGUGGUCAACAGCGCUGACGAAGCCAGGGAAGUGGCCUUUGAUGUGGAAAUCCCCAAGACAGCCUUCAUCAGUGACUUUGCCAUCACAGCAGAUGGAACUGCAUUUAUCGGGGACAUAAAGGACAAAGUGACUGCAUGGAAGCAGUACAGGAAAGCAGCCAUCUCAGGAGAGAAUGCCGGCCUCGUCAGGGCCUCGGGGAGAAAUAUGGAGCAAUUCACCAUCCACAUGACCGUCAGUCCCCAGAGCAAGGUCACAUUUCAGCUGACCUAUGAGGAGGUGCUGAAGCGAAGCCUUACACAGUACGAGAUCGUCAUCAAAGUCAAGCCCAAGCAGCUGGUGCAUCAUUUUCAGAUCGAUGUGGACAUCUUUGAGCCCAAGGGCAUCAGGAAGCUGGACGCCCAGGCCUCUUUCCUCCCCAAGGAACUGGCAGCCCAGACAAUCAAGAAGUCCUUCUCAGGGAAAAAGGGUCACGUGGUUUUCCGCCCCACCGUGGCCCAGCAGCAGUCCUGCCCUAUGUGCUCUACAUCCUUGCUGAAUGGGGACUUCAAGGUGACCUAUGAUGUCAAUCGAGACGAGCUCUGCGAACUCCUGGUGGCCAAUAACCACUUUGCCCACUUCUUUGCCCCCCAAAACCUGACGAACAUGAACAAGAACGUUGUUUUUGUGAUUGACAUCAGUGGCUCCAUGCGAGGCCAGAAAGUGAAGCAGACCAGGGAGGCACUCCUUAAAAUCCUGGGGGACAUGCAACCAGAGGACUACUUUGACCUGGUCCUCUUUGGGACUCGAGUGCAGUCAUGGAGGGGAUCACUGGUGCGAGCAUCUGAGGCCAAUCUGCGGGCAGCUCGAGACUUCGUGCAACGUUUCUCCCUGGAUGAGGCCACAAACCUGAAUGGAGGUUUGCUCCGAGGAAUUGAGAUCUUGAACAAAGCUCAUGAAAGCCUCCCAGAACUCAGCAACCAUGCCUCGAUUCUCAUCAUGUUGACAGACGGUGAUCCCACAGAGGGGGUGACGGACCGUUCCCAAAUCCUCAAGAACAUCCAUGAAGCCAUACGGGGCAGGUUCCCGCUCUACAACCUGGGCUUCGGCCACAAUGUGGACUUUAACUUCCUGGAGGUCAUGUCCAUGGAGAACAACGGACGGGCCCAGAGAAUCUACGAGGACCGUGACGCCACCCAGCAGCUACAGGGUUUCUACAAGCAGGUAGCCAGACCCCUGCUGGUGGAUGUGGAAUUGCAGUACCCCCAGGAUGCUGUCUUGGACCUCACCCAGCACCACCACAAACAGUACUAUGAAGGCUCGGAGAUCGUGGUGGCCGGGCGCAUUGCUGACCACAAACUGGGCAGCUUCAAGGCUGAUGUGCAGGCCCAUGGGGAGGGACAAGAAUUCAGGACAACCUGCCUGGUGGAUGAGGAAGAGAUGAAGAAACUGCUCCAAGAGCGUGGCCACAUGCUGGAGAACCAUGUUGAGCGCCUCUGGGCCUACCUCACCAUCCAGGAGCUACUGGCCAAGCGGAUGAAGGUGGAGGGGGAGGAGAGGGCCAAACUGUCGGCCCAGGCCCUGAAGAUGUCACUGGCCUAUCAGUUUGUGACCCCGCUGACCUCCAUGACCAUCAGGGGCAUGGCGGACCAGGAUGGCCUGAAGCCUGUCAUUGACAAGCCCCCAGAGGAUUCUCUGCCCUUGGAGAUGCUGGGACCCAGACGGACGUUCGUGCUGUCAGCCUCGCAGCCUUCUCCUACGCGCCCCAGCUCCAAUAUCAAGCAGUUGCCUGACAAAGUGACUGGUGUGGACACUGACCCCCACUUCAUCAUCCACGUGCCCCAGAAAGAGGACACCCUGUGCUUCAACAUCAACGAGGAGCCUGGUGUGAUCCUGAGCCUGGUACAGGACCCCGACACAGGCUUCUCAGUGAAUGGGCAGCUCAUUGGCAACAAGGCCAGGAGCCCUGGGCAGCAUGAGGGCACAUACUUCGGGCGGCUGGGCAUCGCAAACCCCGCAACGGACUUUCAGCUAGAAGUGACUCCUCAGAACAUUACGCUGAACCCAGGCUCCGGCGGGCCCAUGUUCUCCUGGAGGGACCAGGCUGCGCUGCGGCAGGAUGGGGUGGUGGUGACCAUCAACAAGAAGAGGAACCUGGUGGUGUCCAUAGACAACGGGGCCACCUUUGAGGUUGUCCUGCACCGGGUGUGGAAGGACAGUGCGGUCCACCAGAAUUUCUUGGGCUUCUACGUGCUGGAUAGUCACCGGAUGUCUGCCCGGACACAUGGGCUGCUGGGGCAAUUCUUCCAUCCCUUUAGUUUUGAAGUGUUUGACCUCCACCCGGGCUCCGACCCCACAAAGCCAGAUGCCACAAUGGUGGUGAAGAACCGCCAGCUGACGGUCACCAGGGGCUUGCAAAAAGACUACAGCAAGGACCCCCGGCAUGGGGCCGAGGUGUCCUGCUGGUUCAUCCACAACAAUGGGGCUGGACUGAUCGAUGGCGUUCAUACCGACUACAUUGUCCCUGAUAUCUUCUGAGCCCUCUAGCCAGCACACCUGUCCGCUCCUUGGACCAUUGCAGAGGAGGACAGCGUCCUGACCUGCUGCCCAGGCUACGCCUCCCUGACCAAGCUGGUCCCCUGAAUCAAGCACCCCAUGACUUCCAUUAAAGAGAGACUGUGUCCA